AUGACUGAGCAGCAGCGUGAACUCGAGAGGCGGAAUCUUGAGCUGCUAAGGGAGAUGGGGGGAUCUGACGAGGAAGACAAGCUCAAACAGCAGUUCAGUGCUGCAGACGUCUUUGACGGCACGCAGGAGUUACCUGUCAGUCAUGCAGGAGGCGAGCUGGAGAUGCUCAUGUCUGCUUAUGGGUAUACAAGGAAACCAAAGGAUACACAAUCACGGUGA